CGUGCGGCCGCCACAGUUUGUAGAUCUCGCAUAAAAUCGAACAAAGAUCAAAAUAAAUGUAAAGAAAUUAACAAAUAUAAACGUUUGGCGACUACGAAACGGUAAAACAUAAAGAGAAAAAAAUAAACGAACGGAGUGCAAGUGCAAGUGCGUGAAUUGUGCUAGAAAAUACAGUGAAAACGAAGUAAAGGCAAUUGCAAGAAGCUAUAGUAGUGCGUUGUUAUGAUUUCAUAUGAUAAGUCAACAAGCCAAAAGUGAUUUCCACAUCAAUUGUUGUAAUUUAUUGGUCUGCAGCGGUGACAAAUGAUGGCUUAAGAUGGCGGCUACACCACCAAUGCCGCCAGGCGCAAAUCAUCUGCAACUAAAUGGCAACAGCCAGCAACAGCAACAGCAGCAACCACAACAGACGCCCAACAUAGCCGAAGCACUGCAGCAACAUUUUCAAUUAAAAGCGCUACAGCAACAAAGAAGUAACAACAAUUCGCUUAGCAGCAGUCAUGAGCUGCUGCUGCUGGAGGCGCCUGCCACACCCACAGCCACACCCAGCAGCAAGGCCAAGCCCAACUGCAGCUGCACUAACAUAAGUAUUAUGCAUUUGUUUCAUGAGAUGAAACAAGAGUUUCCCACGCUGCCCGAUGCUUUGGUGACGCAGUGCGUCAAUGAGAAUUGCCAUCAGCGCGAGAAUUGCAUACAGAUGUUGAAGAAGGAACUGGUGCUGCAUCCCAGUCCAGUGCAGUCCUAUCCAGCCAAAGUUCUGCAGCAGCAGCAGCAGCGCCAAGCGAAGCCGCCGACGCCGCUCAAGCCGCUGCGUGCCGCGCCCACAACGCCCCCAACGCCAGCAGCACGUCAACGACCCACAACGCUUAACCUGGCGCGUCAGUCCAACAGCAGUUUACAGUUAAAAAUACAACGACAGCAGCAGCAGCAGCGACGCGAAGCUUUGCAGCCGCUGCGACGCGCGCCGCCUCUGCCGCCGCUGCCGCCAAAACCGCAAACGCCCGGCGCUAUUGCUGUCUCUUUCGCCAGCAGCAGCAGCAACUGCUCCAAUGAUUCCUCCUGUCUCACCAGCCCCCUCAGCUCCAGCGAGUCCGAACUCUCGCUUAACAUUGCCUUAUCAUCGCCAACGACGUCGGCAGCGACGCCAGCAGCGACAACUGCGCAGUUACGUUCGCCCGUUCGACAUCGUUCAGUCAUUACGCUACAGCCCGAGCCGCCGUAUGCGCGUGAUUUUCUAACGAACAACAACAACGGCACGCCCACUCAAACACCGCCCUCGCCCUCAACGCCCAGCAGCGGCCGCAAAAGCUUCACCUCACUCAAUCUCACGCUGCGCCAACCGCCCGCCGCCAACUCCGGCGCCGUGCCCGCCACCAUCGACAUCACCGCCGGACCCGCGCCCUGCUUCACCUACUCGAGCAGCAGCUUCGACGCGCGCCGCGGCACCCACAAGAACUUCCAGCUGACAGUCACAGACGAGGGCAGCGUCUUCAGCGCCGGCUGCGUGCGUCCCCAGCUGCCGCCGUAUGCGCCAGUGCCAGCGCUAGCCGCCGAUGGCGCAACGCCGCCGCAUUGUCCUAUGACCCGAAGUAAUUUCUCAUAUCCAACUCAGCCCAACCAGAACCAUGUGGUCGCCUCCAACUUCGACAACAAUCACAGCGCCGACAGCAGUCCCAGCGUCACACACAUGCCGCUCUACGAAGGCGUUCUGCCCGAAUGCGAUCAGGCAGUUCAUGCGGCCACAAUUGAGCGACAGAAAGCGCGACGCGAUAAGCUGGCAAAUGCGCUGCGGGAGAACAAGAAGCGUUUGCUUAGCCUGGAGCAGGAGAUCAAUAUACUGACCGAGCCCGUGCCAGCGGGCGAAUCCGAAAGACUGGAUAGAGAUAUCAAGAAACUGACUGACGACUGUCAGCGUUUGCUCAACAUGAUAAAUGAUGGCACAGCUGCUGCGCCCAUGGCGCGUCAGGUGUCGUCGUCAGCGGCGCCGCGUCAACGUGCCACACGCCAGCAACAGCCGCCAAGUUCGCUGCGCUUGCAUUCGGUGCCGGCGCCGGCGACGUCAGUAAUGCCGCUAGACUAUCAGCAGCACAGCAGUGCGCCCAGCUCGGCCUGCCUAACCCCACAGCAGCAACUGCAACUGCAGCUGGAGCCGCCGCCCACCUAUGCGCAGUACUAUCAGUUUCAACAGUUUCUGCAGCAGCAGCGCAAUGCAGCAGCAGCAGCGGCAGCAGCAGCGCAGUCUCCACACCCACAGCUCAAUGGACAGGCAGCAGCAGCAUCCGAGGAGGAGGAGGAUGGCUCGCUGUCCGACUCAGAGGCAGAUGAGGGCGAUGAGCCAUUGGACAUGUGGGCCUGCAACUUGUGUACAUUCCGCAAUCAUCCGCAACUGAACGUGUGCGAGGCCUGUGAAAAUGUUAGGAUACAGCCGGCGCCGAUUUACAACCGUGAGGAUAUGGACAUACACAUAACACUCUCACCAGGCGAAAACCGCAUUAUACACUCCUGGAUACGUUCGUGACAGUCGGAUUAUAAACCUAACUAGACAACACACACACUCAAGUGUUUAAUUGUAAAUUUUUUUCAAAAAUAUGUAAAUACAAAUACGCUGCUGGCAGCUUUUAAUGUCUAAUUAUAUUAUAAUUAACGUGCUUUUGUUGAUUUCUCUGCAUAUAAGAAUCAAGACUUUUGAAACUAGUAAAUUAUCAUGUACAUUUUGUAAAUACCUAGAGCGAAUGAGCAUUGAAAUGAAAUGUGUUA